GCAAUUAAAUUAAUCAGGAAUUUUACUGUACCUAUGUCUACAUCUCUUUCUGUGAAGAUCUUCAAAGUUCAUCAAAUCACUGAGCCUGAUAUUCAUACCCUUACAUGCUAUUUGGGACCUUGAUUACUAUGUUCAGUGGUUACUGUAGGCAGUGACUGAAAAUGUUUAUAAAAGAGACGAUAAAAAUCAGACAAAGAGGCUCCCUGUCUGCGGCCAUCUGUUGCGUUAUGUUUGACAAGCACCAGAGAGGAGAGAAACGUUAUCUGAGGACUGAAUAACUUCCUAAAGUGAGAGAGAUUUGGGAGCAAGACAGAGAAUCCUCUUUUUGCAGUGCUGUAUCACCCGCCACUAGUCCAAGGAAUAGCAUUCACUCCAGCUUCACAAUGAGUUGUUUACUGGCCUUGGCUGCCUGUGAGAGCAGCCAGAAGAGAGUGGAGAAAAAGGAGAAUAAACAAAAUGAAAUCAGGGCAUGUGAGCUGUUUGGCUAAGUUUUAAAAACCAAAGUUUAAAAGCAGACUCAGGAUCCCAAGCAGAGGGCUGGAGAAGGCUGGGAGAAAAGAAACUGACCACUGAAUAAUUUGUCCACUGACAUUGCUCUUCCUCCCAGACAGAAGACACCCCAAAACCUUUUCCUAGCUGAAGGGCCGGCAUUGAAGGAUCGACAGCACUUAAACAUGAUGAAAUCCUGGCCCUAUUGAAGUCAAUUGGCUUUUUGCUACUGAUGUCAGUGAAGCCAGGAUUUCACCAAUUAUUUCAGCCUCAACACCCAUGAGGAUGACAGGACAUCACAAAUAUGAGGCACCAGAGCUUCAAGCCACAACAUUAGAAUUCUUAAGGAAGAGUGCGCUCACUAACUUAUUUUAUGGAUGCCACUGAAUUCAGCUUUGAAGGGCUCCAAAAGCACGUCACAGACCUGGAAUGGGAAACCACAGCAAUAAUCAUACCUGUUUGACAGAUGAUUCCUUUAAAUACAACCUGUAUGGGGCCGUAUACAGCGUGGUAUUCAUCCUUGGCUUGAUCACAAACUGUGCCUCUUUGUUUGUUUUCUGCUGUCGAAUGAAAAUGCGAAGCGAGACAACUAUUUUCAUGACAAACCUUGCCGUCUCUGACUUGCUCUUUGUAUUCACUUUGCCUUUUAAAAUAUUUUAUAAUUUCAACAGGCACUGGCCCUUUGGGGACACUCUGUGCAAGAUUUCAGGGACUGCAUUUCUCACCAACAUAUAUGGCAGUAUGCUGUUCCUCACCUGCAUUAGUGUCAACCGUUUCCUGGCUAUUGUCUACCCAUUCAGAUCUCGUACCAUUCGGACAAGGAGAAAUUCAGCCAUUGUGUGUGCAGGAGUCUGGAUACUAGUCCUCAGUGGAGGAAUUUUAGCUUCAUUGUUCUCCACAACCAACGUCUCCAGCACUAGCACAACCUGCUUUGAGGGUUUUUCCAAAAUUGUUUGGAAGACCUAUUUGUCUAAGAUCACUAUAUUUAUUGAAGUGGUAGGAUUCAUAAUUCCUUUGCUAAUCAACCUCACAUGCUCUUCACUGGUUCUGAGGACUCUCCGGAAACCUGCUACAUUAUCUCAGAUUGGGACAAACAAAGAGAAAGUACUAAAGAUGAUUAUUGUGCAUGUGGCCAUUUUUGUAGUAUGCUUUGUGCCCUACAAUUCCAUACUUUUCUUAUAUGCUCUUGUGCGAUCUCAAGCCAUAGCAAACUGCUCUUUGGAGAGAUUUGCUAGGACAAUGUACCCAAUCACAUUAUGCAUUGCAACAAUGAAUUGCUGCUUUGACCCCUUCAUUUACUACUUCACAUCAGAAUCUUUUCAAAAGUCUUUCAAUAUACACUCCCAAAUACAAGUGGACUCCAUUUCCAAGACUGAAACACCUCUAACAAUGAAGAUUGCACUGCCUGCAAUACAGGAGGAAGUGAAUGACCAGGCUAUUACAAAUGGAGGUGAUCCAACUGCUGAAUCACAUUUCUAAUGGCUUGUCUACAUAUAGAGUUAUUCCUGAUUUACUAUCCCUGAUUCACUCCCAGGGAUGAAAGUACGGUACGGGCUGGUAUGGUGUACCAGUGAGAAGCCGGUACCGGCCCGUAUGCAGCUGACCUUAAAGCGCUGCCAUGGCAGUACUUUAACAUCGCUGCCCCUUUUGCCCCCCCAUCGGCAGGGCCACCGAUGGGAGGGGCAAAAGGGGCAGCUGCCCCGGGGCUGAUGAUUUAAAAGGGCUCCUGGCCGCUGAUAUUGCGUGAGCGGCCAGAGCCCCGAGCCCUUUUAAAUCGCCGCUGGAGCCCCGGACGGCCCAGGCCAGGCAGCACAGAUGGGCUGGCUGUGGGAGGCUGAUGCCCUGCCCCUUCCGCAGGCCCAGAGCCAGGCCCCCAUACUGGUAAUUGUUUAAUAUUACUUUCACCCUUGUUCACUCCACAUAUGGAUAUUCUUAUUCCAGAAUAAGAGUGCCUUGUUCCUAUUUAGCUUAACUCACUUGAAUUUAGCUUUCAAAGUGUCCACACGUGGAGUUAAUUGGAGAUUUCUCCAUGUGUAGAUAAGCCCAUCAGAUAAAAGGUUUCUCAAUUUUGAGAACUCAAGAUAUGUAAGUCAAGAUAGAUCUCUCUCUGGAGAUUAUUUAUGGAGAGAAUGGAGUGGAUUCUUGCAUUGAAUGAUGCCAACAUUUGGUAUGUUUUCCUAGGAUUAAACAUGGGACCAGUCAGGAAAUAUAAAAACUUUAUCUUACUUUAGAAAUCUCAGUCAAUUUUUUCCUGCCUUCUGAAAAUACAGGAUAUGUUAAGUCAAUUUCACACAUAUGUAUGUUUUCUUUCAAACAUAUAAUAAAAACUUUCAGCUUUACCAUGAGUGUAUAUUCUGGGUUUACUAGAUACAGGGUUCUUUUUAAAUGAGAGUAGGUAUGGGUUGGUUUGGAGCUUAAUUAGUUCUCUUACAGAAUGCAGGAAAUGGUGGUUUGUUGUACUAAUAAUAGGAAAGAGCAAAUAAUUAAAGGACUUUGAUAUACAAAGUCA